CUGGAGGAUUCUGGAUCUAACAGCAGGGGACAGCAAUGUGAUACAGCAGCUGCAGGAGGCGAAAAUGAGGCCUGGGGCAGAUAUUGGGCUCCCCCACCUCCAAGUCCUCCUGGUGGGGCAGGGGUGGAGAGGCCCCAGCUUGAACCUGUUCUAGCCUGGCAGUCAGGCUCAGAGGUUUCAAGAGCUGGGAGCUGAUAGGUGAAUGAGGAGGCCGAGGAUCUACGCUGCUCAGCUAGGGCUGCGUGUGACCAAGCCUAAUCAACUGCAUGCUUUAAGCCCAGCUCAGGUGUGGCCAGCAAGUGGGCUCCUGGAUACCUUCAGCCAUAUGUGUGUGUGUGUGUGUCCUGGAUACCUUCAGCUCUGUGUGUGUGUGUGUCCUGGAUACCUUCAGUCGUGUGUGUGUGUGUGAGUGUGUGUGAGUGCGCGUGUCUCUGCUGUCUUCAGCCUCCUUUCCUUUCUCCAACCUCCCCCCCACCAGCCCCCAGCCACCCUGGGAUUGGUGACUCUCAGCCCCUCCCCUCGGCUCCCCCAGACCCUCCCAGCCUUUAUCAGGGAGCUGGGACGGAGUUCCUGCCACCUUCCCAGAUCUCCUCCACUCUGCUGCUUUCUUCGCUGCAGCGGCAGCCGCGGGUGUGGGGAGCAGGCAGUGCUCCCAGCCGGCUCCCUGCUCCUGCCAGACUCUCUGCCGGGCCCCAGGCUCGGAGCGGCUCCACAGGCACCAUGAGGCGCACCCUACUACUGGCAGCCACCCUGGCCCUCAGCCUGGCUGGGAGCUUCGGGGCUGUCUGCGAGGAGUCGCGGGAGCAGGUGGUGCCCGGCGGGGACCGCAGCAAGGACGUGGACCUGCAGCAGCAGCCUCCCUCGGUGCUGCGGAGACUCCAGGACAGCAGCCGCCGCCCAUUCUCGCUGGAGGAGCUGCUCAAAGUGCUGAGCAAGGCUAGCGUGGAUCCCAAGGCAGCAUCACUUCCCCAGAAACGAGACAUGCAUGACUUCUUCGUGGGACUCAUGGGCAAGAGGAACAGCCAACCAGCUCCUCCUGCUGAUGUGGAUGAAGAGAAAAUGUCCAGCUUUGAAGCAUUCAAGUAUCUCCCCAGGGCCGAAUGAGUCCUUAGCAUUCCACUUCUGGACCCCCAGGCUGCACCGUGAAGACCCCGUCUCCCUGUCCCAGCUCCCAGGUGCAUGCUUUCCGGUUUCCCUCUCUUGUCCCCGUCCUGGGGACAGCCUUGUGCUUUCACUGUUGCCCGUCCCUGCCCCUGAACAACAGUCAACGUCCCCGGUCCCAGCAAGUUUUGCCUGUGGAGUCCCCAGCAGAUUCUCUGGUGUCUUAUGUUGAAACUAGGACAUCUGUCUCUAUCCCUCAACAAUAAAGGAUUUUUAUGUAUGA